UUGCAGACUGGACAACGAUCUCCAACUCCUCCCGCUUUCACCCCCACUCCUAUCGCUUUAUCGAGGUGGCGCCUCCAGUUUUUUCCGGAUAGGAUUUGGCAACGCUGUCUUGAAGAGGUAUAAUCAAGGUUAGAAGCCAGGCACGAGAUUUUUUACUGCAUGCAACUGCAUGUAACAUUAUUCGACAAAAGUAUUCCCAAUUCAAGAAAAUUGUCACAAUGUCAACCCCAGUUCCCCACCAGUGUAGCGUCACCGAAGUCGAGUCCCACCACUUCACCUACAAAUGGACGAUAAAAGAUUUCAGACUUCUUCCCGAGCAGAACGAAGAGCCCGUCGACUCCCCGAACUUUCGUGUGACUGAGAACGACGAAGUGGAAUGGCAGCUGCAGUUGUACCCACGAGGCAGGAGCAAAGACGACAGUGAUCAUGUAUCACUCUACCUCUUCCUCGACACAGUAUGCGACCAAGAGACAUCAAUCAUAGUGCACUGUGAGCUUUCGAUCUUGAAGGGAAAAAGUCUCAUGUUCAAGAACACGUUUGUGUUCACGUACAAAGGGAAAAUUGGCUACGGUUUUCACAAAGCGGUGGAGAGGUCCCAGCUCCUGGGGACGAGUGACUCUGAUGAUUUAAUAACUGUUUAUUGUGAGAUUGACAUCCCCAAAAGGAGCGUCACAAAGUCAUUCAGUCCAGCGUCUUUUGAUCUACAGAGGGGACAACUGGGCGAACAGUUCUCUCAGCUGUUCGAGGACACACGGUUCUGUGACGUCACAAUAAUUGCAGGAGAGAAGAAGUUUCGAGCUCACAAGGUUGUCCUGGCUGCACGCAGUGCCGUGUUCUCGGCGAUGCUCGAGCAAGCAGGAACGGACGAAGUUCCUAAGGAUAUAGUGAAGAUUGAGGACAUGGAGCCAGCAAUAGUCAGAGGAAUGUUGGAGUUCAUCUACAGGGAUAGGGUGGCAAAUCUGGAAGUACUGGCACGUGAUCUGUUGAUGGCGAGUGCCAAGUACGAGCUGGAUCGUUUGAAGAUUAUGUGUGAGGAGGCCAUUUAUGGGACUCUCACUAAUGACACCGCUGCUGAGAUCUUUGUGCUCUCUGAUCGUCACAGAGCACUGCAGUUGAAGAAGUACGUCAUGGCGUUCAUCGAUGAUCAUCUGCUCGGGGUGACGCAGUCAAAGGGGUACAACAGCCUGGCGGAGAACUAUCCGGGGCUGUUGAAGGAGUUGACGUCUUUUAUUGCUGUUCGCAGGCAGUCCAAGAUUUGACUUUUGUUUCAAUGAGAUUAACGGUUGUUUGGUGUUUUAGCAGAGUAAUUAUGCUUCUUACUGCUUUAUCUUGUGAGGUUCAGUACUAUUUUAUUGUGAAGUGUUGGAGCUGAUUGGCUUGUCAGUAAUUUUUUUCAGCGUUAUGUAAUAAACAUGUGUUUUGGUAA